UGUCUUCAUUCCAUUUUCUUCAUUCUUCUUCGUGUUCAUACCCUGGUGGCUGAACUCUCUUAAUAACACUCAUUAUCUAAAUCCUGUGGAUAUUCAUUUCGAUCACUCCCUUCACUAGCCAAUUCGCCUUUUUCUACAACCAAAAAACCAGUCAAAAUGAAGUUCCUCCACAUCCUCGUCCUUGCUACCUCGGCUACUGCCUUGGUCAUGCCCCGCCACCACGCUGGUAAGAAGGCUGGUGCAAACAACGGCAACGCUGUGGCUGCUGCUGGUGGCAACGCCAACAACGCAAACGCCAAUGCUAAUGUGAAUGCUGCUGCCGCGGCGAUCAACGGCGGCGCCAAGAACAACAACAACAACAAGAGACACCACGCCGGAAAGAAGGCUAAGGGCAACAAUGCCAACGCUGCUAACGCCGCUGCGGCUAACAACAAGCGACACCAUGCUGGCAAGAAGGCAAAGGGUAACGCCAACGCCGCCAAUGCCAAUGCCAAUGCCAAUGCCGCCAAUGCUAACGGCAACGCCAAUGCUGCUAACGCGAACGCUGCCAAUGCGAACGCUAACACCAACAACGCGAAUGCCAACGCGAACAACAAGCGACACCACGCCGGCAAGAAGGCCAAGAACGGUGGCAACGCCGCGAACGCGAAUGCCAACAACUAAGAGGUUUAAUAUGGUGGCACUGCCAGGCUAGAAAUAUAAG